AUGGGAAAAGUUCGCCCGGCCAAAGCACCAAGGCCGCGAAGACAAGAUGCAGGCCAAGCAGCUGCUUCCAAAGGCGUAAAACGCCGCAUCGGCAAGGCAAGUAAGUCCGGCAACAUGCAAGGAUCUUCGAAGGCCUCAAAGACGGUGCUGGAAGUGGCCACAGGUCCCCAGGCUCGUCGUGCCUUGGUGGCCUCUUCGGCUCGUGCCGGCAAGGUGCCUGCGGCACCGAAGCUGGGACCAAGGCCCAAGAUGAACGGAGCUCGAAUGAUGCAGGAAAUUGAGGAAGCUCGUGAGCAUGCCGAGAAGGCGCGUAGCUUGGCCCCCCAUCAUGCAGUGUCAUCGGCCAAAGAUUUAGCUGAAGUCAAGACACUGCAACCACUCUAG